AGCCUCAGUCUCCGAGAUGCUGGGGGCGGUGAUCGUGAUUCAACCCCCAUUUCAUCGCGUUCCGAUAACACAGUCUUACCUGAUACCUUGAGAGUACGUCAUUCCUUGCCAACCACAUAACAACGUCAACCCGUCCCACGUUACAAUUAGACCGAAUCUAAUUAACCACAUUUUUUUUCCCCAUCUACUUGACACUUUGCGCGUCACGCGUACGCGUACGCACGGUCUUACAGUGUGCCCUCGCGUACCUACCCUUAUCCUCAUCUUCUAGACUUCGUCACCCUUUCUCGGCGUAACACCCUUCAGAGGAGUCUCCCGGUGCCGCAAGCCCUCGUCAGUCUUCGACAAGUCGCGGUACUCCCGAGCAGACUUCCUCGACGUCCGUGAACACCAGAGGGUUUUUUUUUGAAAUUUUCACUUUUAGCCUAUUCUCCACUUGCCCUUGUUUAUAAUAAAUUCACGAACGUGUCGCGUGACGACGAUCGUCGUAGUAAGCGUCGACGUCGACCCUGACGUCGUACGUCAGUCAUCGGAGCGAGAGUGUUUGAUCCUCGUGAGGAACGUCCACGGGAAAUUUAAUUUGCUCGUUGGAGCAUGUGCGCGAGAUCACAGGGACUUGUCGCUUAAGCAGCUCAUUCGAGUGGGAUACUAUAUACUCUCUUGUAUAGCUUUGCCGUGGCUGCUGGUGAUACAUCCGGGGCUGAUAUUUAUCCCUUGUUUGGUAUUGGGGAGCUAUUGGGACUUGGAGUCUCGAGUUUACCGAGGCUCUUCACUGGUUUUCGUAGCGGGGUCCGUUGGGGUGGAAUGAUUUUUUAUACUUGAGCUUAACCUCGGUGCUUUUUACGUGUGGUGCGUGCCUAACUAAAGUUACGCUCUUUUGAACUUCGCUUCAUUUUUACUGUUGUCGUCCGAUCGUUUCUCUUGUUGAGGUCCGACCUACUUUCCGAGAGUUCAUCUUGCUCGGCCUCACAUUGUUCUCAGGGGUCCAUUGAGGUUUCGAACUCAUUAUAGACACCCAGAAAGUUCUUGAUCAUUGGAAUCAUGAAUUAAGAAUGUGAAAAAGUAGUUUUUUUUUUACCCCAUGGGUUCACUAGGAAAAUUUUAGAUAUUUUUAUCUCGUCUUUCGUGGGCGGAAUUCUGCCCCCCCCGUUAUGGAGACGUGGUAUCUGACUCGAAUGCGCAGGUCCCUCGGGGAGGCGUUUUAGGGGGAGGGAAAAAAUCAACCUCGACGCGAAACACCCUUUUCUCGAAAGUCCACCAUUUCGUGAAUUCCCAAUGUACCGUGCGAUUUCAUUAAUGAAGAUUACACUGACAAAUCUUUCCUGUUGAAUUUCCAUAACAAUUCUCACUUGUCCGUUUUUAGUUAUUUUCGAGGGGUUUUCCCGUUUUCUCAGUAAUUUUUAUCAACAGAAAAUUGACAAAGACUAUUUGGAAAUCGUACAACUGCCGAGGCCAUCCUGUAAAUUCUCAAAAUAAGAAAGAGGGACCAUAAUGGCGGAUUAGGUAAAUCCACAAUUAGGGUUUGCGACCCUCCAGUAAAUCCCUGUCGGUACCAAUAAAAAGUGGCGUGGUUCCGAAACGUGAACUGCUGAAGGAAAAAAAAAAAUAAAUCAAGCUGAAGCGGGGCGAAUUGGAAGGUAAAAAGAAAAUGGUGGGCGGCGGUGAUUGCAAAGUGGCCACCGUCGAGGUGGAGGCUGCCGCUGCCGGUGACAAUACAGCGACACUUCCGGUAACAAGACCCCUGAAUCCCCAAAACGUCGGUGCACCCCCAAACGCGCAAGACAACGCCGAGAAGAACAACGCGGCGAACAAAGAGAUGGAGCUGAAGAACGUUCGAUCCACCCCCGCGAAGAAAACAUCACUCUUCAUCAUCAUGAGCUUCAUCUAUGCCAAACUCCUGGUGGUCGUCUGUAUCGCUUAUGUGAUAAGCGAAGUGGUUACGCACAAGCUGCCACUUUAUUACUAUGAAGGAUUCUUCACGUAUUUAUACGGCGCCAGUAUACUCUUCCUCCUCUACGUAUUCUGCUUCCUGCUCCAAGAGAGUGCUUGUUGCUCGCGUGGCGCGGAGACGCCGCCGCCACCACCCAGGCCGCCAAAACCACCCAAAGAACAUAAGGACAAGAAGGACAAGAAAGACAAGGAGCAGAAAUCGGCUAAGAGCAAGAAGGAGUUUCAGGAUGCGAGUGACGUCGAGGCUGGUGUCGCCACUAGAGCUUUACGGAAGCGCAAGACGUCGCAGAACGAUCACAGUCAUGGAAGCUUCUUCCUCAGGAUCGGCGCCAUCGCUUUCGGAUUGGGCACUAUGGUUUAUAAUGGAUUGGAAUUCGGUGCUUUCUUCGAGGUACCGCCUACGUCACCAUGCUAUCAGAUACUGCGGGGUAUCAAUCCUGUCUUGCAAAUGAUCUUCACGUUCAUGCAAAUGUAUUUCAUCUUCAUGAACUCCAGGCUGAAUAUACACCGGUUCAAGGUUAUCGCACGCUUCGGACUCAUGCAUGUCGUAGCUACCAACUUGUGCGUAUGGAUAAGAACUUUGGUGCUUGAAAGUCUCAAAGAGAUCACUCAGUAUCAUCAGCGUUUGGGCUACGAAGAGAAUGGCGUCCUCGAGAGUAUCAAACAGCAUUCUCUGCGAAACGCUGGCGCCAUCUUGGGAACCGAGCCGAGAGACAUGGCGCAGUUGCGGGAAGCUCCGCUAUCAGUCCUGUCUACAGCAACCAUAAGAACAACCCUAGCUACAACAAGAGUACCGUCGCUGGGUCGUGCAAUACAUACAACAGCCAGGGCGGUUGCCCGAGGUAUCAUAAAUGCCACAACCACAACUACAACCACAACCGAAAUACCCUGGACAACCUCGACAACCCCAUCCACAACAUCAACAUUUUCAACAACAUCCGCCAGUACGGCAGUUACGACCCUGACGACUCUACUGACGACCCUGGCUCCUAGGACAACCACAAACCGUGCAACAACCCUCAUUCCGAUGACAAUGACAAACACGAGCACUACCACCACAACAACAACAACAACACCCGAACGUUCAACUACCUUUGCGCCCUUCCUGGCAGAAAUGUUCGAUGCGCCGCAAUCAGACGCCAAGGAAAUCAGCCAGAUCUUCGAUGUGAGCAACCUGACCAACACUAGCAACGUCUGGAGUACCAAUUUGGGAUUUUAUGCUGAGGCCCUGUCGGCCGAUGGAACCGUAUCCAACUCCUGCGGAAGGGUUAACAUCAUGGGAACCAUUGUCCAGGACGCGGCACCGUAUCUCUUUCCGUUUAUCAUUGAGUACAGUCUUAUCGGCGCUGCCGUCAUUUACGUGAUGUGGAAGCACAUUGGACGUCAUCCGCGCUGGCCGCAUCAGGCCGAGGCAGAUCUUGAACGCAGGCUGGAAGCUAUGUUGUCGCGACGUGCUGUUGCCCUCGCUCACGCAGGACACGCGCGCGUAGACUGCGUCGGUGCCAGCAAGGGUCUUUUCUUCGGUCUCUUGCUCCUUGUUGGCUCUCUAAUUUGUCUAAUACUCUUCUUUGUGCUCAUUCAUCAUCCCGAGCUAGGAUUGCUCGCCAUAUACCUGGCGGACGUCUCUCACUGUGUGCUUAUGGCUCUCUCGAUAGUCGCCAUUAUAGUCGGUUUCAUUCGGGUUCAGGGUUUGAAGUUCAAGGCUGAGGAACAAAGCGACCUGAAUGACAUCCUUUUACGCGUCUCAGCCUUCGGGCUCUUCGUCUACGCAGUCUUCUCCGUGAUCGCAGGAUCCUUGGCGGCGUUCACGCACGAGCCUAAUCUCCUCGUGAUGGUCACCGGAUUGCUGUCCGUGGCCCAGGUCGUCCUACAGAUGCUUUUCAUCGCCGACGUAUCACGUAGGCGUGUCCAUCUUCCCGAGCACGAUCGUAGCAAACCAGGUCGUCAGGUCGUGACAUUCCUUCUCAUCUGCAAUGUCACCAUGUGGGUCAUUUAUACCUUUGAGACGCAGAAGGUCGUCGCCAAUCCGGUUCAGCUCGAUUUCUAUGGCUUUCUUGCCUGGGCCAUUGUGCAGAGAGUGACCCUGCCCCUUUGCAUCUUCCACAGGUUCCACAGUGCUGUGACGCUCGCUGAGAUCUGGAAGACAAGCUACAAGGCACGACUUGAAUAAAUGAUCAGUCAUCCAUAACCCCACCUGCGGGACGGCGCCUUUCGUCACUAUUCGAAACGGAAUGGAACGAGCAACGUUUUGGAAACAAUUGUCAGAUUGUUGAGAUUUUAAAAGCAGAAGUAAAGGAUAAAGGAAUAUCAGAAUAGGUAGGAAUAAGUGAUAAACCACGAAGAAUUGGAGGAUCGAGGAAAUCCGAAUGAAAGAAGAAGGUGCGUAGAUGUCGCCCGUCGUGACGUAUACGCGACAACGAAGAAAAAUAAACAAAACAAAAAGAAUAACCAAAACGAAAAAGAAACAGAAACACGAAUUCUCAUUAUUGAGUACUUCGAAUUAACGUUAAAUCGAGGGCGAAUUUCGAAUUGCGAUUUUCGCGUUUCCAUCUACGACGAGGAAAAAGUAUUUUGCUCCUUCUCCUACCAUUUUUUUUUCUAUUAUGUACUUUCUUUGUAUCUGUGAAUAGCGCUGUAUUAUUUUUGUACCUUUUUUCAAUCUUCUUUAAAUUCAUUAACGAGUUUCUGCCAUCACCCGAGACGCUACGAAAUCCCUGUAUCUAAUUUGGAUACAGUAGACGUUAUAUACGCAUAUACGAAUUUUUUUCAUUUGUAUGAAUUUUUAUAAAAUCAAUUCCCUUCGUCCCUCUGACCACGGCACAGUUCAUCGGUGUUACUGUCAAUGUUUCUCCACGCUUCAUGAUUUCUACCCUCAUCGCAUUUUCUACUUUUAUACCUUCGCCGCAAUUGGCGCUUCGAGGUCAAAUUUAUCGAACGAAAAACAAAUAAUAGGGAUGCUAUUGCUAGCGGAUGUUAUGCGAGUCUGAAAUGAUGAAAAUAAGGGCAACAAAGAGCAAAGGAAAUACAGACCCAAGAGCCACAAGAGAUUAUUUCUAAGGAUUCCAAAUUUCCUUCAAUAUACUUUUGGUAAUUUCAAAAAUAAAAAAAAAUAAACGAGCAAACAAUAAGGACUUAUAUACAAUUAUCAAAUAAUGCGUUCGCUUUCACGCUGGCAUCCGCGUUUAUUGCGUGGUUGUAAAGUACAAAAUUGUUUCUACGUUUUAGGAUAUUUUUAUCGCUAUUUUACGUAGCGUGGGAGAUUAAUGUGUUUGAGAAAAGAAAACACGAUCCAGCAUAAUGACUGUUGAAUUAUAAAACGGAGAUUCACGCACGCGCGUAGUGCAGAAAAAAAUGGCAACAACAAAAAUAAAAAAAAAAAGUAAGAGUUAAGAGAAAAAAUUUUAACUCGGAGUGUCGGAAAGUAGAACAACGUUUAAGAGC